CCCACUCUUAUCGGAAGAACUGUAUGGUAACAAUAAUCAUAUGGCACAAGAAAGUGGUCGUAGUUCCUCCAGUUUUUAGCCACCAGAUUUCUCUCGAUCCAAAAUACCAGAGCCUUUUCAGCCCCAGCGAUGAUACCCAGAAAGCAAUUUUAGCGUCUACUGUUGAAUUUCUACUUUUCCGGGAGUCUUUCACCGAUUCGUCAACAGGGCCCCCCCUAUAUCUGUGUAUAUAUAUAUCUUUCGCCAUUCUGUUUCCUGUUCAACCAAUUUAGAUUUGUGGCUUGCCCUCGUCGAUUUAUUGUUUGAUGAUCGUUUCGGAUCGCGAUGGCGACAACUGCUAAUAACAUUAACAGUAGCAAGGCGAAGAUUGUCCAUGGAGAUUCUGGUUAUGUUCUUGAAGAUGUUCCUCACUUGUCCGACUAUAUUUUUGAUCUCCCUACGUAUUCCAAUCCAUUGCAAGACAAUCCUGCGUACUCUGCAGUCAGGCAGUAUUUUGUGCAUGUUGAUGACUCCGUUCCUCAGAGGAUUGUUGUUCACAAGAGUGGUCCAAGAGGAGUGCAUUUUAGGCGUGCUGGCCCGCGCCAACGAGUAUACUUCCAGUCAGAUGAGGUUCAUGCUUGUAUCGUGACAUGUGGCGGUCUUUGCCCCGGUCUCAACACCGUGAUCAGAGAACUAGUUUGUGGUUUAUACAAUAUGUAUGGUGUCAAGAAGGUUCUAGGAAUUGAAGGUGGAUACAGAGGGUUCUAUUCUAAGAAUACCAUUCCUUUGACUCCAAAGUUCGUGAAUGAUAUCCAUAAACGUGGUGGAACUGUCAUUGGAUCAUCACGAGGUGGUCAUGAUACUUCAAAGAUAGUCGACAGCAUUCAAGAUCGUGGCAUCAAUCAGGUUUACAUAAUUGGUGGAGAUGGAACUCAGAAGGGAGCAGCUGCUAUAUAUGAGGAAGUCAGAAGGAGAGGGCUCAAAGUUGCUGUUGUUGGGAUCCCGAAAACCAUCGAUAACGACAUCCCGAUCAUUGACAAAACCUUUGGCUUUGACACUGCUGUUGAGGAGGCUCAGCGUGCUAUAAACGCCGCCCAUGUUGAAUCUGAAAGUAUGGAGAAUGGUAUAGGACUUGUGAAGUUGAUGGGUCGCUAUUGUGGGUUCAUAGCAAUGUAUGCAACUCUUGCGAGCAGGGAUGUCGACUGUUGCUUAAUUCCCGAGUCACCUUUCUAUCUUGAAGGACCUGGUGGACUUUAUGAAUACAUUGCAAGAUGUCUCAAAGACAACGGUCACAUGGUCAUUGUCAUUGCAGAAGGAGCUGGGCAGGAGCUGCUAUCUGGAAGCCUCGAUUCUAAUAAGCAGGAUGCUUCUGGGAACAAGCUUCUUCAAGAUGUUGGGCUAUGGAUAUCACAGAAAAUCAAGGAUCAUUUCUCAAAAGAACAUAAGAUGACCAUAAACCUCAAAUAUAUUGAUCCGACGUACAUGAUCCGAGCUAUUCCAAGUAAUGCCUCUGACAAUGUUUACUGCACUCUGCUUGCACAAAGUGCUGUGCAUGGAGCAAUGGCUGGCUAUACUGGCUACACUAGUGGGCUUGUUAACGGAAGACAGACAUACAUUCCCUUCUACCGAAUUACUGAGAAACAGAAUAAGGUUGGGAUAGCUGACAGAAUGUGGGCGAGGCUUCUAUCGUCGACGAACCAGCCGAGCUUUCUAACUGCAAAAGACGUAAACGAGGAAGAUACGACGAACGAUACGAGCGAGUUAAACAAUAAGACGGAGGACGAAACGCCAAACUCCUAUUCCGACCCGCCGCAAUUAGAGCAUACCCAUUUCAAGCUCUGAAGGUCGAAAGGCAUAAAAGCAAGCCCUAAAAUAAGGAAAGGUGGUCCGAAAGAGCAGAAUAAGACAAGACAGCUAGGCUAAAGGCGAGGAAGUCCCAUUCGACAACUACUCGCUGGACAACUAUUGGUUGAUUGUCGACGAGGAGGAGUCAACUAGCGAGGUCAGCUUUUGGAAGAUUAUAUGAUUAUAUGAUUCUUUAGCUCAUUGAGUUAUAUUACAUUAAUGAAUCUGGCUGGAAAGCCUUAGUCUUGUCUGAUUCUAUUUUUUAUAAAGCUACCAAAUUUAUUUCUAAAUAAA